AUGGCGGGCGUAGCAGGCCUUCUAGCCACCUGCGCCGCCGCUGCUGCUUCCGCUGCCCACCUUCUGCCGUUGCUGCUGUUGCUGAUCUGCCCGCGAGGGACCCACGCGGAACAAGUUGUUCUCUUGGAUACGACACAGGAGGAGAAGCUCGAGUGGACAAAGUAUCCGUUCGGCCCGGCAAUGGUCACCCCAGGGUGGGUGGAAGAGUCGUUCACGAACUUCGACAAGGGCAUCAAUUGGCGGAGCUACGUUGUCUGCGACGUCGCGUACAGCGACGUGAACAAUUGGCUGUGGACGCCGUUCAUCGACAGGGGACCGGCGAACCGCGUGUAUAUAGAAAUCAAAUUCACGACCCGUGACUGCUCGUUGUUCCCCGGACACGCGCUCAGCUGCAAAGAAACUUUCAGUCUACUUUACUACGAGUUCGACGCGGCGACCAAGGAGCCGCCGCCAUGGAAGACCGAGAGUUACAAGUUGAUCGGUCGCAUCGCCGCUGGCGAAGGGAGGUUCAACACGAACACGGAAGUGAUGAUAAAUACGGAGGUAAAGUCGAUCCCGGUGACCAAGAGAGGCGUAUACUUUGCAUUCCGCGACCAGGGCGCCUGCAUCUCCAUCCUGGCUAUCAAAGUCUACUACAUCAGCUGUCCGGAGAUAUCCGUCAACUUUGCCCACUUUCCAGCCACGCCGACGGGUCGCGAGGUAGCGUUGAUCGAGCAAACGAUCGGGACUUGCGUCGAGAACGCCAUGGUAAUGGAGGAGCCCACCUUCCUCUGCAAAGGGGACGGAAAGUGGUACCUCCCGAACGGCGGAUGUCACUGCAAGCCAGGAUACCAAGCUGACAUCGAGAAGCAACAGUGCAUCAAGUGCCAGAAGGGUAAUUUCAAGCACGAGGCUGGUCCGCACAGCUGCGAGCCCUGCCCAGCGUACAGCAAGUCUCCCGAUUACGCCUUCUCGGAAUGUCGAUGCAUCGCGGGUUAUUACAGAGCGGAAAAGGACCCCAAGAAGAUGCCGUGUACACAACCGCCUUCGGCGCCACAAAAUUUAACGGUCAACUUCGUGGACCAGUCCACCGUGAUGCUGUCUUGGAACGCGCCGCACAUGCUGGGUGGCAGGACGGAUACGACCUACAGGGUGGUCUGCGAUGCCUGUAGCAUGGGCGUCAAAUACAUUCCCAACGCCGAUAUCUUCAACGACACGAAGAUCACGAUAACGGGCCUGAACGCGGUGACGACCUAUCGAUUCCAAGUGUUCGCUGAGAACGGCGUAUCGUCGCUAGCUGGAAAAUCCGAGUACGUGGACAUCACGGUCACCACCGAGGCCAGCGUGCCCAGUUUGGUGAACAACGUCAGGAUCACUAGCGUUAAAAGUUCCGAGCUGAGCAUCAGUUGGGACGCCCCUGUAACCGAGAUCGGUGGAGACAGCGAUCUGGUCGAGAGAUACGAAGUGAGGUGCUAUCCCCGCUACGACGACGCUACCAAUGCCACCGUCAUCCAGACCACCGAGCUCUCGGCGACGUUCAAAGGCCUAAAACCAUCUACCGACUACGCGAUACAAGUACGGGCAAAGACUACGCGCGGCUGGGGCGAAUACACUCCGGUGGUGUUCAAAAAGACGCCUCACGCAAUGGGUCUAGACUACGUUGGAGAGGACGACAACAUGCAAGUGAGAAUCAUAGCCGGAGCUAUCGUGGCCGUGGUCGUUCUCCUGGUGAUCAUCAUCAUCAUGACCGUUCUGAUCCUCAGAAGCAGGGCCUCGGACGAGUGUAACAAGAAACAGCCGAGCGACUGCGAUACCCUGGAAUACAGGAACGGCGAAGGACUAGUUGUGACCUACAUGCACUGCAAAAUGGACAGUUCACCGAUUGUGACAACCCACACCAACAACAAGAGCAAGUCCUCGCUGACCACGCCGCUGUUCACACCUGCAGUGGGGGUUGCCGCCGCAGGUGCAGGAGGCACUGGUGGUGCAGGUGCGAGGAGUUACGUCGAUCCUCACACCUACGAGGACCCGAAUCAGGCCGUAAGGGAGUUCGCUCGCGAGAUCGACGCGGGAUACAUCACGAUAGAAGCCAUCAUAGGUGGCGGGGAAUUCGGCGACGUUUGUCGGGGGAAGUUGAAGCUGCCGCCCGACGGUCGAACGGAGAUCGACGUGGCCAUCAAAACUUUGAAACCAGGCUCCGCGGACAAGGCUCGCAACGACUUCCUGACCGAGGCCUCGAUCAUGGGUCAGUUCGAACAUCCGAACGUGAUAUUCCUGCAGGGGGUCGUGACCAAGAGCAACCCGGUGAUGAUCAUCACGGAGUUCAUGGAAAACGGUAGCCUGGACACUUUCCUUCGCGCGAACGACGGCAAGUUCCAAGUGCUCCAGCUGGUCGGGAUGCUCCGUGGUAUCGCGAGCGGUAUGCAGUAUCUUGCCGAGAUGAAUUACGUGCACCGGGACCUCGCGGCGAGGAACGUGCUCGUGAACGCUGCCCUGGUGUGCAAGAUCGCCGACUUCGGGCUCAGCAGGGAGAUCGAAAGUGCCACGGAAGGAGCGUACACGACCAGGACUGUUUACUCCGGCAAAAAGGGUGGAAAGAUCCCGGUGCGAUGGACAGCUCCGGAAGCGAUAGCGUUCCGGAAGUUCACCAGCGCCUCAGACGUGUGGAGCAUGGGCAUCGUCUGUUGGGAGGUGAUGUCCUACGGCGAGAGGCCGUACUGGAAUUGGUCUAAUCAGGACGUGAUCAAGUCGAUCGAGAAAGGAUACAGGCUUCCAGCGCCGAUGGAUUGUCCGGAGGCAAUUUAUCAGCUCAUGCUCGACUGUUGGCAGAAGGAACGGACCCAUCGUCCCACCUUCGCGAAUCUCACCCAGACGUUGGACAAGCUCAUACGAAGCCCGGAAACGCUGAGGAAAAUUGCCCAGAACAGAAUCAGGGAAAGGGGUGCUCCACCCCCACCCCCACCCGCCUCGUCGACAUCCUCCAACGUGCAUUUGAGGAAAAGGGGCACCAAUCCACUGGCGCCGGACGCGGUGGACUUGACACAGUUGACCUCGGUCGGCGAGUGGCUGGCCUCGAUCAAGAUGUCACGGUACGCGGACAGCUUCGAGAGGUCCGGGGUGACCAGCCUGGAUGCAGCCGCCCGGGUGACCGUCCAGGAGCUGACGGCGCUCGGCGUGACGCUGGUGGGACACCAGAAGAAGAUCAUGAACAGCGUGACGGCGCUCCGAGCGCAGAUGUCCGCGACGACGCAGGGCUUUCUCGUCUAA